UCCAGGCUCCGUCCCGCUCCUGUCCCUCCCCACUCAGGUCCCAAAGGCCGGGGAGAGGGAGGGAGGGGGAGGGCGGGCGGCUGACCCACUAGGCGGCGCCUGUCUGCCUGCCUGCCCGUGGCGCGUGUGCGUGGGCAAGAGGAGCUCGGGCUGCGGCUGCUCUUGCCAGGCUCUAGUCGGAGGGGCUGAGCCAGGGGAGGGGGUGGGGUGGGUGGGGUGGGCUUGUCCGGGGUGGGGUGGGGGGAUGAGCCCCUGCCCGUCCGGUGCCCGCCUCGCCCGCCACCGCCGCGCCCUUCGUGGCUUCCCCCGGGCAUCCACGCGUGGCGGCGGGUGGGAUGCCCUCGCGAUGCCAGGGGAGCCUGGACCGGGCAAGGGCGUUUGAAGGGCCCUCUUGAGCGCCAUGGACGCCUCUCCAUCCUCCGCCGCCGAGACCCCGGAGGCUCCGGCGGCCCCACGUUCUUCCCAGGGUCCGGAGACCCCCGGCUGCAAGGCUCCCCUUCCUCCUUUGCUGGAUGGCGAAGCCGGGGGUCGCCCGCCCAGCGACGGCUCCUCGCAGCCGCCCAGUCGCAAAGGCUCCUCGGCGGCGGCCAAGGGCGAGAUGGCGACGGCCCGCGUGGCCGAGCAGAUCGUGGCCGCCGAUCUGGCCUCCGCCGCCGCCGCCGCCGCUUCGGGCUCCGAAGACCCCGGAGGGACCUUCGUCCAGCGGCAACUGGGCGCCCUGCUCCAACCGGCCGUCAACAAGUUCUCCCUUCGGAUGUUUGGCAGCCACAAGGCGGUGGAGAUGGAGCAGCAGCGGGUGAAGUCGGCCGGGUUUUGGAUCAUCCACCCCUACAGCGACUUCAGGUUUUACUGGGACUUGAUCAUGUUACUGUUGAUGGUUGGCAACUUGAUCAUCCUGCCCGUGGGGAUCACUUUCUUCAAGGACGAGAACACGCCUCCUUGGAUCGUCUUCAACGUCCUCUCGGACACGUUUUUCCUGGCUGACUUGGUGCUGAACUUCCGGACGGGGAUCGUGGUGGAAGACAACACCGAGAUCAUUUUGGAUCCCCAUACCAUUAAGAUGAAGUAUCUCAGGAGUUGGUUUCUGGUGGAUUUCAUCUCUUCCAUCCCGGUCGAUUACAUCUUCCUCAUCGUAGAUCUGGAGACCCAAGUAGAUUCCGAAGUAUAUAAAACAGCCCGGGCAUUGCGUAUCGUCCGUUUCACAAAAAUCCUUAGCUUGCUCCGUCUUCUCCGACUCUCUCGCCUCAUCCGUUACAUUCACCAGUGGGAAGAGAUUUUCCACAUGACCUAUGACCUGGCUAGUGCCGUAGUCCGGAUCUUCAACCUCAUCGGGAUGAUGCUCCUGUUGUGCCACUGGGACGGCUGCUUACAAUUCUUGGUUCCCAUGCUGCAAGACUUCCCCGAAGAUUGUUGGGUUUCCAUCAACCACAUGGUGAAUGACUCUUGGGGAAAGCAAUAUUCCCACGCUUUGUUCAAAGCGAUGAGUCACAUGUUGUGCAUCGGCUAUGGGCAGCAGGCACCCGAGGGCAUGACCGACGUGUGGCUGACGAUGUUGAGCAUGAUUGUGGGAGCCACCUGCUACGCCAUGUUCAUCGGCCACGCCACCGCCCUCAUCCAGUCGCUGGACUCCUCUCGGCGCCAAUACCAGGAGAAGUAUAAGCAAGUGGAACAAUAUAUGUCCUUUCAUAAGUUACCGGGAGACACACGUCAACGGAUCCAUGAAUAUUACGAGCACCGAUACCAGGGCAAAAUGUUUGACGAAGAGAAUAUCCUGGAAGAAUUGAGUGAACCCCUUAAAGAGGAAAUCAUCAAUUUCAACUGCCGGAAUCUGGUGGAUAACAUGCCCCUCUUCGCCAACGCCGAUCCCAACUUUGUGACGGCGAUGCUGACCAAGUUGCGCUUCGAGGUUUUCCAGCCUGGAGACUUCAUCAUCCGAGAGGGAACGGUGGGGAAAAAAAUGUAUUUCAUACAACACGGUGUGGUGAGCAUCCUGACCCGGGGCUCUAAGGAAAUGAAGCUUUCGGACGGAUCUUAUUUUGGAGAGAUCUGCCUUCUGACCCGGGGCCGGCGCACGGCCAGCGUCCGAGCCAACACCUACUGCCGCCUCUACUCCCUUUCCGUGGACAACUUCAACGAGGUCCUGGAGGAAUAUCCAAUGAUGCGGCGAGCCUUUGAAACCGUGGCCAUGGAUAGGUUGGACCGGAUAGGGAAGAAGAACUCCAUCCUGUUGCGGAAGAGGGCGGAGCACAGUUCCAGCACGGUCAACAACGAGAUCAUCCAGCAGAUCGUCAAACACGACCAAGACAUGGCACACAACAUCCAGGACCUCCAGCCCAUGUCUGCCGGUCGCGAACUGAGCAGCAAACCGCUUAUCUGGGAGCCCCUCGUCCACGCACCACUGCAGACUGCCGCCGCCACCACCAGCGUGGCCAUCGCCUUGACCCACCAGCAAAGCCUGGCGACGCACAUCUUCCUUCCCCCUUCGUCCAUCUCCAGCCCUCUCUCCCCCGACUCGGCUGCUCUCCUGCGCCAUCCCCGCUGCUCCCAACCUAGCCUGGGGGGCUCCCGCCCAUCCUCCGUCAGCUCGCCUGCCUCGGGGGCGCAGUCCCACCUGCAGACACCUGCAGCCGGCUCGCCGUGUUCUCCCAUGGUUCAGUGCAUGUUCCCCUUGGAAAGUAUGAUGGGCAAAGGACAAGCCCUUUCGCGGCCCGUUCAGAAGGGGGACCCUAUCCCUGGGAUGAGCCAGCCUCAGCUAUCCAAAACUCGAGGUACGUCGGUCUCCACAUCUCUCUUGCAGCAGGCAGCACACAGCGCGUCCGUCCCGCCAGGACGAACUCUGCACUACAGUCUCUCUCGGGCCACGGGAUCCCAUAUUUCCCUGUUCUUGCAGCCUCAGCAGAUGGUCAAACAUCGGAGCUCGCAGGGCCUUUCGGUGGGACGUCUUACACAGGACAUCCGGCCACUUUCGGCAUCUCAGCCUUCCUUGCCAAACCGGCUCACCCAACCUUCGGACAUGGGGUCUUCCCAGCAGCCGCGAAAAUCAGCCAGGAACAUCACGUACCGUUCCUCCCCGUCAGUUUCCGGUCUGCUAGGGAAACCAAGCACGGGAACUACCGGGCAGCCUGGUUCCUCCCAGCAGGCCCCUUCAGGGUCCAGCCGGUCAGUGAGUGGGGCCACAACCCCCCAGUCACCUGCCUCCGUCCCGCGACACAGCACCUCCUCAUCCCGUAAGGGUUCCGUAGCAUUCAGUCCUGACGUCAACACUGGGAAACCAAAGCUGCCAUCUCACAUGUGAAACCAGGGUCAACACAGGGCUGCCAGUCCCUUCUUGGGCAGGCCUUGGGGGCCUGACAGAAGUCUGCUGGAGAGGGACUAGGAAUUGUUCCUACGCGGAGAUCCUACAAAGAGGACCAGAAAGCCGCCAGACUCAAAGUUGGUUUCUUCGGAGAGCAGAUUCCCUCAGGUGAAGGAAACGCCGACUUGUCCAUCAUCGGAUUUAUAAUGCUGGCUCACAAGUGUGUCGCAACCCUUCCCCGAGGGGGCCGUCUGCCUACGCAUCAAGUUGAAUGGCGAAUUCCUUCGCAACCAUCUUAUGAGUCCGGUCUAGCAGGAAAAGCCGAGAUCCUGAGCAAAGAUGAUCUCUGGUGCGUCCGUUUUCAACCGCACCGAAGCGUCGUCGCUGUUAACUUUAGCGGAUGCUCCAAAACGAGUGGUUUUUUGUGGGCCCCCUCCUGCCUUUUUCCUGCCUUUAGGAAUAUUUUUUAACUGCCAGAAAAUUGACGUAGUGACCUCUCUCUCUCCGCUCUUCUCGCCCCCACACUUCUGCAAUAUCCACCUCAAGAUGUUUGGUGAGAGUGUGCAUAACGGUAGAAACCCCGGUUCCACACCCGAGAGAGAGAAGAAUAUGGACUUCAUUUGCCCCACCCCUAAACCACCUGUCGUGUCCCACUCCCACUCCGACGAACGAGUCAAGGAAGUCUGUAACAAACUUGGCAACGAAGCCUCUGCAGCUUGCCAAGUUCCUUCGAGGUUUAUCAGGGCAGGCAGGAGUCCAAGUUGUGACUUCAGCGAUAGGGUCCGGUAUCAGCAAACUCGAUAAGACUUUGCUUGACUCAAGGUUGGAAUGCCAAAAGCAGGUCCUUUAUAUAGGCUGUGGGGUGUGGCUCCAUGACUCAGCAUUUAUCCAGGCCUGCCCCAUCCCUCCUUCUGCUGGCGUCGCCUCUCAGAUCUCCGGAAGUAAGGGUCCUCCCACUCUGAAUUGUCUUCAGCUGGAUCUGCUGUCAGGGAAAGGGAGGGGUCAGAGGGAGUAGGGCCGAGUAAUUCCAGCACCUGGCUGGCUUCCUGCUCUGACGGCUGAGCCAAAGGAACACACGCUGUAUGAGUGAGGUUUAUCGGGCUUGUCCUUUCACUCCUGGAAUCCUCUCCGGGCAUGGGGCCAGGGCCAGGGGCUGGAGUCAUGACAGGCCGUUCAUCUUCAUUAUCAGACUCGGAGUCUGAUAACAGGCCUGGUUGGAGACGGGAGGGGCCCGGCUGAGGAGAGGAGGGAGGACGAGUCACAACACCACCCUUCUCUGCCCUCUUCGUCCUCCAUAACAGAGGGCGAAGAAAAAAAAACACCUUGCAUUAAAUUUCCCCGAUACAGCUAGUCCUCGACUUACAACAGUUCGUUUAGUGACCGUCCAAAGUUAACGGCAGCACUGGAAAACGUGACUUGGGACCAUUUUUCACACUUACAAACUUUUUAGCAUCCCAAUGGUCACGUGAUCAAAAUUGGCAACUGACUCGUAUUUACGAUGGUCGCAGCGUCCCGGGUGUGUGUGUGUGUGUGUGUGACGUGAUCCCCCUUUUGCGACCUUCAACGGGGAAGCCGCAGGGUUCGCUUAACGACCGUGUGACUAACUUCACAGCUGCCACGAUUCCCUUUUACAAACAGCAGCAAGGAAGGUCGUAAAAGGGGGGUUAACACUCACUGAGCCGCUGUCUCGCUUAGCAACAUGAAAUGUUGGGCUCAUUUGCGGUCGUAAGUCGAGGACCACCUGUAACUCUACAAUGCCAGGGACGAGAAAGUGGAGCUUGCGUGGCGACAUAUUUUUUUUGUCAUUGGGGCAUUACACCAGUGCCUGUGGCCAUAAGCCAGACUAAAAUGUCCCCUAAUACUGACCAGGUUUCGAUUUCCCAUAAUCCCCCGGCUCAGGUAACACCCUUACUUGAAAGCAUUUGCCAAUUUCCCUGCUAAGAUUUUGGAAACCUUGGUGGGUUUUCACCUGCCGUUCCAGGUUUUCGCCCGCUGAAGGGUUACCUUUUUCAAAAACAAAACAAAAAAAACACAUGAGAAAACGAAAAAAAACGAAAAUACUAGCCAUCAUUACGGAACGUCAAAGCUGGUUAAAGUAUAGUAAGAGGCCCUUCGCAGUCUCAUACUUAACUUGCAUUCUUUGUUUGGCCAUUCAAGGCGAGUGGUGUGGUAUUGAGGGUAGGAAGUAAGGGUAAAACACUUUCCCCCCCAAAAAAGAGAGAGAAAUCGCCCUAAAAACUUAUUUUAUUAAAACAAAUGUUUACAAGAGUUAGUUUAGGGAUUGUUCAAAGUUACGACUGAAAAAAGUGACAUGACUGUUUUUUUACACGUAGGACUGUUGUAGCAUUGACCCUCGGCAACUAGCUCCUAUUUAUGACAACUGCAAUGUCCCCUUUUGCGACCUUCGAUGGGGCAAAACCCCACUUAACAAUCGUCUCACGUAGUAACAAGAGAUUUGGGG